AUGUUGCAGAAUUGGCUUUGUCUGGCAUCUAAGGAUACAUCAGGGAGAAUUCUAAUUGGUGUGUCCUCAGAUCUAAGGCUUUGUGGUGGUAUUCAUUUCUCAUUCAUCCAUCUGGCUAAAUGGAUGAAGGAUGAGGUGGCUACCGCCACAGCAGCUGGAAAAGAAGUUAUACUAGCUGGAAUUAGUGAAAAAAUUAGGAGCAUACUUACUUCUUACUUUGACCAAUUUUUGGUGUCGUUAACAAAUGUGGGAUAAAAGCUCCCUACUUUGGGGGAUUUGCCAAUCAUUGCUCUUGACUUGCUAAAUUCUGGAUAAGAGUUUGAUGAAGGCUCUAUCAUUUUUAAUCAGCUGAAGUCUGUUAUCACCUAAAAGACAGAAGAGAAGACCAUCUUCUCUCUCAACGCCAUAGCAAAUGCAGAGAGCAUGAGCACUGAUGAUAUUGAUGCUGAUGUGCUGCAGAAUUAUCAGGAAUACAAUCUGGCCAACAUCAUCUACUACUCCCUGAAGGGGUCCACCACCAGUGAGCAGAGUGCCAGGAUGAUGGCCAUGGGCAACGCCAGCAAGAACGCUUCUGCUAUGAUUGACAAAUUAACCUCGAUGUUUGAAUGCACGUGUCAGGCUGUCAUCAUGAAGGACAUGGUUGAAUUCAUCUCUGGGGCAGCUGCUCUGGAUGAAUGA